UUUCGCUAGAAGCGGUUCUAUCGCACUCGCCGCGAGCACUGGUGCCGUUAUUUUGAGCGCAUCGCAAUCACGGCAAUGCAAUCAAUUGUGUAAUAUAUAAAAUAAUAAGCGCAAGACUUAAUAACCAGUGAUUACCUGAAGUCAUUUUUAAUGUUUUUCACUUUAAAUUCAAGCUGACUUCGCGUUGAUUUAUUUUGGCCAACGCGAACCGAAAUUUGUGCCAGCCACACGCACACACAUGCACACGCACACAAAUGCAAAUGUCAUGAAAGAAAGUAAACAAGUUGAACGAGAAAUUAGCACAAGAAUAAAGCAAUAUGCUAAAUUUAGAUAAUGCCAAUGGCAAUUCCAAUGAGUUGGAAACGAAUUAUUCUCCACAGCCUCCCGCACAGCCGGCAAAUGAAUCCUCUCAGCUGCUCUCUCCGGCGGCAUCUGGUGAAGUGGAACCUCCCUACACGGCUCCAUUGGCGCCCUACGACAUGGAGCUGGUGAAGCGGGUUGGCAUUAAGGGCAAACUCGUGGCCAGCGAAAGCAUAUGGAGCGACGGCCUCAAGCGGAACAAUCCGCAUACGGACGUGGAUGCGACAACGCGUUUCAUGAAUCUCGAGCGAGGCGACGAUGCCACAGAAGCAACAAGAAUGUCAUCGAGUGAAUCACUUAAUUUGCACGAGAAGCGCGCCAGAUUUGCGGAGAGUAGCUCAAGUACCUUACCACUGCCAGAGAUUGGCGGUCAGUUGGCCAACGGCAAGUCCAAUCACUCAACCCCUUUACUGCCAAUGAGUGAACCCGGUUACGAUGAGCGCGAAUGCAGCUGUCCACGUGAAUUCUAUCAAAGAGCUGAGCUCAAUACCUCCCUCUUCUUUGAGGAUUGCAAACGUUCUAUUGACUUUGUGCUCGCCUACAAGAUCAAUGCACACGAGCCCACGGAAACGGAAAAUACGGAAAAGCGUCGCGUAUUUCAAGAGAAUCUAAUACAUCAAGGACUCGAGGUGGAGCUCAGUCAAAAGGAGCAAAUCUACUUUGUCAAAAUACAUGCUCCUCUGGAGGUGCUGCGUCGCUAUGCGGAGAUACUUAAGUUGCGUAUGCCCAUGAAGGAAUCCUUUUGUAAUAUGCGCGUUUAUGAAAGAUCAAAUCGUCUACACAAUGCGGCGCAUUAUUUAUCCAAGAAGAUACCUGGUCUAUCAGCGGUAAAUCGUUCCACAAGAAGUGUUUAUUCUAGUCUCAAAACUGUCUGCCAAUUUUUUCUGCGUAAUAUUUAUGUGGAUGAGCGGAUCUUUCCGAAACGUGCGCAUCGUUUUACGGCAAUAUACAGCCGUGACAAGGAGUAUCUUUUUGAUAUACGACAGGAUUGUUUCUUUACAACAGCUGUGAGGUCGCGAAUUGUGGAAUUCAUAUUAGAUCGUCAACGUUUUCCUGCCAAGCGUCACAAUGACAUGGCUUUUGGUAUUGAACGUCUGGUGGCCGAGGGUGUCUACUGUGCCGCCUAUCCUCUACAUGAUGGCGAGAUUACGGAAGUUGGCACAAUGCGAGAAUUGCUCUACUCAAACUGGGCAUCAGUAAGAAAAUGGUAUCGCUAUCAGCCACUGGACGAUAUCAAGGAAUACUUUGGCGUCAAGAUUGGCCUAUACUUCGCCUGGUUGGGUUUCUAUACAUACAUGCUGCUCCUGGCCUCCAUUGUGGGCGUCAUUUGUUUCCUUUACUCCUGGAUCUCACUCAAGAACUAUGUGCCUGUUCAAGAUAUCUGCCUGCGCUCAAACGAAAAUUUUACAAUGUGUCCGCUCUGCGAUUGGUGUGAAUUUUGGAAUUUGAAGGAGACCUGCAACUAUGCCAAAAUUACCUACCUUAUAGACAAUCCCAGUACGAUAUUCUUUGCCGUCUUUAUGUCUUUUUGGGCAACGCUCUUUUUGGAGCUUUGGAAACGCUAUUCGGCUGAGAUAACACAUCGUUGGGAUUUGACAGGAUUUGAUGUACACGAGGAACAUCCAAGACCACAAUAUUUGGCCCGUCUGGAACACAUUGAACCGACGCGCACCGACUAUGUUACCAACAUGAAAGAACCAACGGUGCCAUUUUGGCGAAUGAAAUUGCCAGCGACAGUUUUUAGCUUCUCUGUGGUGGUGCUACUAAUAGCCUUGGCUUUUGUGGCUCUCGUUGCUGUGGUUGUCCAUCGCAUGUCCAUGCUGGCUGCUCUUAAAGUCGAUGGCAGUGGAAUGACCACUUCGAAAGCUAUUGUCUUGGCCGCUGCAUCAGCUGCAUUUGUCAAUCUCUGCCUGCUAUAUGUAUUGAACUAUCUGUAUAAUCAUUUGGCUGAGUAUCUCACGGAGCUGGAAAUGUGGCGCACUCAAACACAAUUCGAUGAUUCGUUGACGCUUAAAAUUUACCUCUUGCAAUUUGUAAAUUAUUACGCUUCCAUAUUUUAUAUUGCGUUCUUCAAAGGUAAAUUUGUUGGCCACCCGGGAGACUACAUAACGGUAUUUAAAUAUCGUCAAGAGGAGUGCUCAUCUGGCGGCUGUUUGACAGAGCUUUGUAUACAACUGGCCAUUAUAAUGAUUGGCAAACAGGCUUUUAAUACUAUACUAGAGGUUUACUUGCCCAUGUUUUGGCGCAGAGUGUUGGCCAUUCAGGUGGGUCUUUCGCGGCUCUUCAGCAAUGAGGUUAAACCGGAUAAAACGAAGGAUGAACGCUGGAUGCGUGAUUUAAAACUUCUUGAUUGGGGUCCACGUAGCUUGUUUCCAGAAUAUCUGGAAAUGGUUCUACAAUACGGUUUUGCCACCAUCUUUGUGGCUGCCUUUCCGCUUGCUCCCUUCUUUGCGUUACUUAACAAUAUACUCGAAAUGCGGUUGGAUGCCAAGAAACUGUUGACACAUCAUAAGAGACCUGUCUCGCAGCGUGUCAGGGACAUUGGAGUCUGGUAUCGAAUACUCGAUUGCAUUGGCAAACUGAGUGUCAUAACAAAUGGAUUCAUCAUUGCCUUCACCUCGGACAUGAUACCACGUUUGGUCUAUCGCUGCUUAAAGUCUAAAGAUGGUACUCUAACUGGUUACUUGGACUUUACUUUGUCCGAGUUUAAAAUCUCGGAUUCGGAUAAGCUAAAGAGCCUUGCUGGAGAUUAUUCAAACAUUACAACGUGCAAGUACACGGACUUUCGGGAGCCACCAAGCUCAGCGAAUCAUUACAAAUUGACGAGCGAUUUCUAUAUAAUUCUGGCAUGUCGUUUGGGCUUUGUUGUAGUUUUUGAAAACUUUGUGGCGCUUGUCAUGAUACUGGUGCGAUGGUGCAUUCCCGACAUGAGUGUGGAGCUACGAGAUCAAAUCAGACGAGAGGCUUACAUAACCAAUGAGAUUAUCAUUGACCAAGAGGCGCAACGUGCGCGAUUUGAGCGUGCUAAGCGUAGUCAUUCAGUUAUGCGCGAUCCCAGUGAACAGGAGGUAGAUGCUGCCUCGGUGGAUGAGCCAAAUGCAAAGUUCAUUAAGAUUGAAAAACUACUUAAUCCGCAUCUCUCCGAAAUUGAAAUGGACUCAAUAAUACAUGCCGAAAACCCGAUUACAGGCAUUUCGGGUGCAGACUGUUAAAAACUACUCACAAAUUCAACUCUCAUUAACAAAUGAUUAUUUAGUUGAAUUAUUAGCUUAAGAUUAUUGUGUUACGCCAGUUCCUUUCACUCACUUAAUUAGUUUUUAUCUCAAUAAUAUGUGCAAUUGUUUGCCAUGUGGUUUUUAAGCUUUACUCACUAAAAAUACGUCUCAUUUUUGUUAUAGACAAAUGUGAUUUUGAUAUCAAUUCACUUUAAAAUAUCAAACAAUUGAGUACCUGUGCAAAGGCCUCAACAUAAAUAUAAAUAGAUCACAAUUAUUAGUGCCAAAAAAUAUUAAGCAAGCACAAAUAGUAAAAAUAUUUAUUAUUAAUUAAUGAUAUAUAAUAUGCGAAUGAGCAAUCGUGCAUCACUUCAAUUGAAUUUAAUUCAUUUUGUUUGUGUUAAUAUAAUUAUUUUCCUUGCAAUAUAUGUUUUUUAAUCUCAUCUAUUGUUUGUAAUGAAACUCAGGCUCUCUCGAAACACCUAUUGAACCUACCAUAAAUAAAUGUGAAUCUGUUUUAGAUUAAGUAAUAAAUAUAU